GAUGUGAUCGUAUGGUAAAACAAAAAAUUCGAAAAUUUCUAAAAAUGAAUUUUUGAUUUUUGAUUGUAUUCCUUCAGCAUCGCCGUCCAGCCUCUGACUUUUGUACAAAAUAUUCGCAUUUUCACUCGUGUCACGACUAGGUUUUAUUUUUAACUCUCGACUGUUCUUUUGAGUUGGAAAUUUGGCUGCAGUUGUUACUGCGUUAUAGGGUGCUGCGCAGUUUGAAAGUUUCCCAGGUUUUUAUUUGUUGGUUAGUUAAUAACUGUUAGUUGUCGUACACUUGGACUUCUGCAUUCCAGGAACGGCGCGCACUUUGUCAGCUAGAUCUGAUUUUCAUUACGCACUUACUGUGCUCUCACAUACACUAGUUAUCCGACAGAGAAAUGGCCCCCGCGACCAAAGCCCAAGUGAUUAUUGAAAGCCAGCUUAAAUCUCAGAUUGACGUGUUUUGCUCAUCAGGCAGUGGAUCGUGCGGAUUGAUUAUCGGCCAGGCGCUGGAAGGUGGUCGCUUCUUGGUGGCGCACUUCGUUCGCGCCAGCAAGGAUCCGGAGACGCACACAGCCAGUCCCGACGGGGAUCCGCAGCGGUUUGAGUUGGACGGCGGAGGCAGUGGGAAGAGCUCUCCUGGUGGAGAGACUGUCAAGAAUAACGGGGAAAAGGAUGCGGGUGCAGGCGAUAGGCUGGUGGAUGGGACGAUGGAUUCGCAUUGGAUGUUGGCGCGCAAACGGAAUUUCUAUUCCUGCAGCGAUGUUAGAGAUCUGACCGCGGCUCGACUGCCGUCGUUGUCACGCCAGGUUAGCCGGUUAUUGCCUGGUGGUUUGUCCGUGUUGGGUAUCUUUCUGACAUCUCCAGCCGAAAUUCCCAAGACUUCUCGCCCGAAGCUGAAGGAAAUUUUGAUGGAUAUAUCGAGUGUUAUACGCAAAGAUUGCCCGGCGUUGCAUCAAGAUGCUGCCGCAUCGGACGAUAAAGUUAUUCUUGCAUUCGACCCGCGGUCCAAGCAGACGAAUACGUCGUUGUAUCUGGACGCCGCCGAUGCCAAAUCCAUCACCAAACCCAUUCCGGUGACGUUUUCCUCCCUGUCCUGGUUGGCAUUGCACACCCAUUUCAACAUUAACUUGGAGCAGCCCACGGCCACCCAGCAGGAUGUGGAGACCGUCCUGGAGCACGUGCUCAACACCUUCACCGACCAGGUGACCAAAAGCGUCUGCCUGUAUGAUCAGCGCUGCUUGGAGCCGAGUAGUGUCCUUAAAAGCGCUACGGAUGCCGUGGAGGUCAGCAUGCUAGUACCGAUGCCGCGGGCCGCCGGCUGGGAAGAGGAUGAAGGUAUCGCGGUAGGUGGUGAGGUGGCCGAGCUGGCCAACGGACAUAUGGCCUUCCGAGGGGAUGUGGUGGGCAGAGCGUAUGUGGCACAGGGGGGCACUGUGGGGUUUGCCGAAAAGGUUGUGAAGGCUGAUUUAUUGCGAUCGAUGACCACACGAAUUGAGCUCCACUGUGAAGACAAUCUUGUAACGGAAGCGGAUGAACAAGAAUUCGAUGUGGUACACGAGCUACCGCGGCGCGUCUUGGCCCCGCUGAACAUUCCGGACUGUCCCAUCACCCUGUCCAACUACGUCCACGAGGACGAGGAGACCCGCGAGUCCCUGGAGAUCUUUGUCGGUCUGCUGGAUAUGGAUGCGCAGCUGAGCACGCGCCAGUUGAUUACCGACGUGGAGCACGUGCCCAGUCAACGCGAUGUCGAUUCGGCCUUGGAAUCGGUGUCGACGCAUAGCGGGGAGAUAGAGGCGGAAACCGGUGUCGCGGGGGAAGAGGAGGCCAACGCGCACGGUCACGGCGGUGCGGUGAAGGUCAUUGCGGUGGAUGCGCAACAGAACAAUCGGAUGCAGAAUGUGAUGGUGGUGUUGGCUGUAGUUUUUGCGGUGACUUUCGCGCUGUAUCAGAUUUAUUUGUUCGUCUAUGCCCAGGAUGACUCACCACCGUCUACAUCUUUACCGGGAAAAUCUGAAAAAGAGCUCUAAUACUCACGUUGAAUUCCAGAAUUUAAGUUUUGUCUAUUUUUUAUACUUUUGUUGUGCCUCGACGAUAGAUUCAAGAACUGCGAAUUUCGAUAAAAUGAAGUGGAAAUGGAUAAAAUGAAGAGCUCGUUCGCUCUAAUGAAGAGCUCGUUCGUUCUUACUACUGUAAUAUGCUUACAUUUUACCGCGUGCUAAUUCCUGCGAUAACGUGAUACGGAAUGGAUUAUUACAGCAAUCUUAAAGCAGUAGUGUUCUGCUUGCUGCUGGUAAAAUUAUUGUCCAAUAUAGUUAGUGGUGCUUCCUCAAGAUCACCUUGGUCAUCAAUUUAGAGCGUUUUCCUGUAAAAUUGU